AUGUCACAAUAUGAUCUAGAAAUUGCAAGACUAUCUAAAGAUAUAUGUGGGAAAGCGAUCGAAAACGCCAAAUGUGAUGCAUUUUUAGAUAUAAGUUUACAAAGAUUGGAUUUUAAAGAAAAAAAUGUUGCUAGUUUUAAUGAGUUAUUAGAGAUAUUAUGUCUUGACGAAGUAGUUGUGAAAAACCUUUGUCUAGUUCAACUUUUAUUACAAUAUGGUGAAAUACUUUGUAAUAUGAAAAUUAUCCAAGAAGAUUACUUUCAAAGUAUUUUCAAAGUUAAAUAUUAUAGUAAUAUCAGAGUAACAAAAGAGAAUGGAUCUCUUCAGUAUUUGUUAAUGAAGGGGUUAGAUAAUCGUGACUGCAAUUGUUGGAAAUAUUUAGAAGUGCUUUCUCAAAUUAUGAACAGAGUAAUUCGGUCUAAAAGUGCUCUAACUAGUAUAAUCAAAGACGAUUUUGCUUCUAAUAUAGGUAAUAAGCUUGAUUCUACUACAGAUUUACAAUCUCUGAAUUAUGUCGUUGAGCUUUUAUCUAAUUGUUUCCCUAGAAAAUAUUUCGAAAGACCUGGUGUCAUUUCACCUCCAACAUUGUGGUUCAAUGAGGAUACAAAAAAUAAGUUAUUCUUUAAUAAAAAAAGUUAUCCAUUUAGAGGUAAAUGUGGUGAUGAACAAACUCUUCAAUUUAUCUGGGAACUCUUUUCUGAAAAAUUAAAAGUUAACACUAGUCAAAUUAAACAUAUUACCUAUACAACAGAGAGUGAUAAAAAUAAAAAUACACUUUCAGCUCUGGAUGAUAGGUUAUUAAAAAUUGUUCAAGUUUGUAAGAGUAGCGUUUAUAUAUGGAUCGCUGACACAUGUUUCUUUACCAUUAACAGAAAAUAUUCAGAUGUGGUACUAUUUGCUAAGAAUAAAUUAAAAAUAUCAAUUUCUGACAUCACAAAAGCUCUUUCUGUAAUUAGAAUAUCCCCUGAUAUUAAUACAAAUUUUUCAAAAAUUUCAACACUUCAAUUGGAAUUGCAGAAUAAAAAUGAGGAUAAAGAAUUUCGUAAUUCAAUUUAUAAUGUUCCCAAAAUUAGUGAAGUGUCUGCUUAUUUACAAUUACGAAACUGCGAAGCGUAUGAAAACACAUAUAAAACACCUGAAAUAAGCUCAAGUUUAUCCGAUGCCAAUGAAAUACAUAUAACAGACACCGGUCAUUCUAAGACUCCCAAAGAGUUAGAAAUGUUGCUAUCUGAAAGUUUCCCACCGGUUUCGCAAGUGGAGAAAAAAAUAACUAAGGGUAUUCAAAAAGAUCCCUUUACACCUGAUAAUUCAAAUGCCAAUUUGAUUACAGAUAAGUGGGAGAUCAGUAACGCCAGUAAUCAACUUGACGAUCCAAUCGAUACCAAUAUAAGUGCUAAUGUUCCUACAAAAAGAAAGAAAUCGUAUAAUAUAGAGGACAAUGAGACAUCACCAAUUGUACUUUUACAGCAAAAUAAACUGAGAAGAACAACGAGAAACAAUGAUUCAAAGUUUACAUCUUCAAUCAUGGUCUUAGAUGAGAAAAAGAUAGAGCAAAAAACUGACGAUAAUAAAAUGAAUGAUGGAAUAAAAAAACUCUUGAUGAAUAAGGACAAAAAUAGAGACGUUAUGAUCGAACCUAAGCUCUCAAUUCAACCAAAGGAUAUACAGUUACUAGAUGCAAUAUUCUCCAAACCUAUUAAAAAGGCGGUUAAAAGACAACAAAAACUUAAUAUACCACCAUCAGGCAAAAAAAGGAAAAUUAACCAGGUUAAAAAGAAUCCAGUCAAGAAAGUCGAAUCGAAAGUGUCUGAGUCAGAAAAAGUAGCGUCAAAAAAGGUAAAAUCACCAAUACUAGAAGCUCCAAAUAUCUAUACUUCAAAGGAAGGAGAAGAUAUGCUAGAAAAAAAACAAUCAGAAACCACAAAAAAAGAACAGAACAGAAAUAAAUCAUCUAAACUAGCUAAGAAAAUCACUGAACCUACAAUACAAGAAGCCGACAAAAAUAAAACUUUUCGUACAUCUGCUGGGGUCAUGGACACUUCAAAAAAAAUCAAAGAAAGUAAUAAAAAACUUAAUAAACCUGAAUCAAAAAUGGAAUGUACGCUUACAGAAGAAGUCACAAAAGAAAACCCCGUCGAAAGAGAACGCUCUAUCCACGUGAAUAAACUGAUCGAUAAAACUUCUGUGGUCGUCCAACCAACUCCAAACAUCGAUGAAAACAACCAGUCCAUCAAUGCCGAAUCUACCACUUUGAUAAAUUCCAGCACCGAUGCACACAGCCUUGGAAACAUGUUUACUAUACAACUGCAAAACCAAAUCGCCGACUCCAUCUCAAAAUUUUCCAAUGAUAUCACCAAAAAAAUUGACAUUAUCAAUUCUGAAUUAAACAAUAGAUUCAUCACAGAGAUAUCGCAAAAAUAUCAGAACUUAAUAAAUGACUUGCAAAGAAACUUUCAGAAGGACACGCAAGAUAUGUUAGACUUCGUUGGUGAUAUCAAGAACCUAAUCAACUUACCUGAUGACCAAUUCCAACUUUCAAUAAGAAACAAAAAAUUCAACCAUAAUUCAUAA